AUGGAUUAUUAUAUUCAAGGCGAACAACUAAUCAUCCUCGACUUGUUCCAUUUCAUCGAAAAAGAAUUUUAUAAAGAACGUUGUGCAGAAUGUAUUAGAGCUCUUGUUGUUUGGGGAUAUCAAUUGGAAAUAGUUGAUCAUGAUGCUAAUGAACGUGCCAAUCAGAGUAGAGUACUUUCUGGGCGAAAUGAGCAUGAUUUCAAUCCUCGUCCUGUUGAUCUUUCUAAUAUGAACUUGGAUAAAGAAAUUCUUCAAGUCGCUGAGCAAUUAGCUGAGAAUUCCCAUAAUCUUUGGGCAAGAAAAGUUUUUGAUGAUUUAGCAGAUAAUAGUGCCCAAUACUCUUCAAUGCCUCUUGCUCUUGUUCCAUGGGAAUUGUUGACAGAUUUUGAAAGACGUAAAAAUCGCUUCAGAACCCAAGAAGUCCUUCAAUUCUUUCAAUUUCAUGGAUAUCGAAUUUUUAGUUCUUCUGACUCAGUGGAUCAAAUGUCGAUUGUUGACCGUUUCAAAAUUGAUGGAGGAGCAACAGCUAGUUGCACUACUUUAGGUGCUGAUCGUUCUUCUGUUGAAAAGCGUUUUGCUUUUAAUUUACUCUUGACGCUUGUUGACUUCAAAAUACUCUUGAUGCUUGUUGACUGA